AUGGUUCGCAGAAUAAAUGGGGCUUGUGGCUUGCUCAACAGGGCAAUUCUUCACUCUACACUCGCCUGCUUCCUGGUUUGGUUGGGCCUCUUCACCCUGAUCCACUACCAAGUCAUAGACGCAGCCUUUUUCGGCUUCUCUUCCUGUGCCAACACCGAAUUCGAGUAUAACCCCCAUACGGCCUCUCGACCAGCCUUUCCACCACCAGAAAACACCACCUACCGCGCACCAGACACCAUCGACACCUUCCUGAACUACAAUUACCGCAACCACACUGACUGCCAGAUCUCGUCUCUGGAUCUUCAUUCCGCUUUCUCACCACUAUGCAGGACAAGCGAGGAAUUCAUUCGUGCCUUCUCCGGCGGCGGCCGUGUUGGGUUCAAUCGACCUUUCAUCCCCCUGGAUUGUGAUAUGCGCUGGUUCACCACCCAAGAAAUCUGUGAGAUCUUUUCUCGAUUCGAAAAGGUCAUUGUGGUGGGUGACAGUAUGAUGAGACAUGUUGUCGGAGCAUUAAAUGUUCUUCUGCGCAGAGAUCUCGGCUACGGGGCUGUCACCAACUGGAACUUCAAUGAUCAAGAAACCCUCGACUGUUUCUGCAACCACCAGAUGGACGUCAAAGCAUGCUCUGUCCAAGGCAUCUUCAGCACAUCUUCCGUCCUCGAAAAUGACCCGGACUCGCUCGCCUGCAGUCAACCCAUCAACCUCGUCAUCGAAAUGAUGCUUCGCUUCCCACUUGACCCCACCGAAGUAAUUCGAUUCCAAGACCUCCUCUCGUCGAAGAAACCCAAAAAACCCUACGCGUUCGUAUUCGGCCACGGCCUGUGGAAUGACCUCGACAUCCAAGCCUCGCUGAACUGGCUCGACGGGAUCCUUGACCACACACUCGAGAAAGCUCCCUACCUCAAUCCUUCUGGUCGCCACAAACACGCCCGCCCACCCCUCUGGCCCCGCAUCUACAUCACACCCAACUCGGCGGGCGUCAGAAAACCCGACGCGUGGCUCGUCAGCCAGGGCGACAAGGCGCUCAUGGUGUUUGAAGAGAGCGUCCGGGUGGAAGCGGGCAAACGUGGCGUCGACACCCUCGGGACCUGGAACAUGAGCAUUCAGUCGACCAAGUAUGACGGCGUCCAUUUGGAUCUCAAAGGGAAUCUGAUCAAGGCGAUGGGGGUUGUGAACUGGCUGAAUUUGAUCCAUGUUCGGGAUUGGUGA